ACGCUGCAGGGUUCAGACAGAUCUGGCUGGCCAUGAGCUGUGCUAUGCUAUAAACAACCUCAGUGUCCCACGUUGAAUAACUGCACAGCACACUCAGGAGCUCUGGACACUUGUGUUCUUUAGUAGUAGGUUAAGAGGUACUGACCAGCUCUCUUCCUCUGAACAGCAGUUAAUUGAGCACAGUUUCAAGGAUCAUGGAUGGAUGAUAAUGCUCAUUAAGCAAAGAGGUAGAUCAUACCAAAGAGUUUCACCCACUUGGCUCUCCUCAGAUAGAAGGAGAAGCUUAAUGUCAACAAUAUGGGGCAUCAGGUGAUAAUAUUUGACUUUUCUGUCAUAAGAGGACUGUGGGAAACUCGAGUUAAGAAGAGCAAAGAACGUCAGAGGAAGGAGAAAGAAAGAUUAGAACAAAGUGCAUUGGAGAAGAUAAAACAAGAAUGGAAUUUUAUACUAGAGUGCCGUAAGAAAGGUAUUCCUCAAUCAAAAUACCUCAAGAAUGGCUUUGUGGACACCAAUGAGAAGAACCUGGACACCCAAGGAAAGAAUCCUCAGCUCAAGAAGAGUCAUGCCUUGUCAGAUGGAGUAAAUAAAGAACAAAACAAGUUUAUUUUUCAGCUUUCUGGAGAACAGUGGACGGAACUCCCAGAUUUCCUGAAAGAGCAGAUCUAUCUGAAAGAAUGGCAUGUGUACAAUACAUUGAUACAGACCAUUCCAGCCUACCUUGCACUAUUUCAAGAUCUGAGAGUACUGGAAUUGUCAAAAAAUCAAAUCAACCAUCUUCCAGCAGAAAUUGGCUGCUUAAAAAACCUCAAAGUGCUCAAUGUGAGUUUCAAUAAUUUGAAGUCAGUUCCUCCUGAACUGGGUGAUUGUGAAAAUCUAGAAAAACUGGAUUUGUCUGGAAAUAUGGAAAUAACAGAGCUCCCAUUUGAACUAAGUAACCUGAAACAGCUCACGUAUGUGGAUGUGUCGGCAAACAAGUUCCAUUCUAUUCCAAUUUGCGUGCUCCGGAUGUCUAAUUUGCAGUGGUUGGAUAUUAGCAGCAACAGCCUGAAAGAUCUCCCGGAAGACAUAGACAGGUUAGAUGAAUUGCAGACACUUCUCCUACAGAAAAACAAGUUGACUUAUCUUCCACGAGCUCUUGUCAAUAUGCCAAAACUCAGUUUGCUAGUUGUCAGUGGGGAUGACCUGGUUGAGAUACCCACAGCCAUCUGUGAGUCAACCACAGGUUUAAAAUUUGUAAGUCUCAAGGACAGUCCGGUUGAAACGAUUGUAUGUGAAGACACUGAAGAAAUUAUAGAAAAUGAACGUGAACGUGAGCAAGUUGAGAAAGAGUUUAUGAAGGCCUACAUUGAAGACCUAAGGGAAAGGGAGUCUACUCCUUCCUACACUACAAAAGUAAUGCUCAGUCUCCAGCUCUGAAGAUAAAAAAAUCCCUAAGUCUCUACUGAAUAUCUGAAUAACUCUUUUUAUCCACCUGAAUAGUAAACACAUGAAAAUAUACAUGGCCAGAAUGACAUCAAAAUCAUAUUGAAUUAUUUACUUGUUUCUGUAGACUUUUCAAGUAACUACAGAUAAAAUAAGGAGCAGUAGAACCUUCAUAAGAUGCUGUUUCACAUUUUAAGUCAACAUGUUUGUUUUCAACUUCCCCACAACAGCCACUAAUUUGCAUGUAGACCUGCUGAAAGUAAAUAUUCACUGUAAUUAAGUAUACACAGGCGUAGCUGAAGAAUGAAGACAUUGUAUGUUGUAGCUGAAACAGUGAAACACAAAACGUGAUCUUAGGAAGAGAUUUGUUUUUAUAAAAGGGGAUACACUGAUUUAGAAAAUGAAUGUGAUCUAUUGUUUUCUUAAGACCAAAUACACAUUUAAGUAUUUAAAUAUUCAAAUGAGAACACACCCUUGGUUUGCAUUUAUAUUCUGUUCUGCAAGAAAAUUGUUCUUGGAAUUUUCAGUUUAGAUAAGUUUCAACAACUUUACAUAUAGAAACUGUAGCACUUCUCUUUUUAUUCAAGUGUGCUUAAGCUUUAACCUGUUUUUGCAAAUUCAAGUACCAAUGUGAAAUUUCUGUGGUAAGCAGUCUUAUAGCAUAGUAGUGUACUAAGUAAGACUUUAAGGCACUAAGCAGUGUCAGCUAAUACUAUCAGCAAAAUGAUGUUGCAGGUCUUAUAUUAAUGGUUUCAGAUCACAGGAUUUUGUGGACAUUUGUUGGAAUUUUCCAAGUAGUGUAAGAAUGAGUUUUCUGGUAAAACAUUAUUUUGCUUGCUAUUUAAUUAUCUAUUUAUAUACAAUUAUUUGUGUAUAUAGAGUAGAGUUGCAGAAACCUAGUUUUAAAU